AUGGUUGUUAAGGUCGGAAUCAACGGCUUCGGUCGUAUUGGCCGUAUCGUCUUCCGCAAUGCCGUUGAGCACGAGGACAUCGACAUCGUUGCCUGCAACGACCCCUUCAUCGAGCCACACUACGCCGCCUACAUGCUCAAGUAUGACUCCACCCACGGCAUCUUCAAGGGCACCGUUGAGGUCGACGGCAAGGACUUGACCGUGAACGGCAAGAAGGUCCGCUUCUACAUGGAGAAGGACCCGUCCGCCAUUCCAUGGAGCGAGACCGGCGCCGACUACGUCGUCGAGGCCACCGGUGUCUUCACCACCUCCGAGAAGGCCCAGGCCCAUUUGAAGGGCGGUGCCAAGAAGGUCGUCAUCUCCGCUCCCUCCGCCGAUGCGCCGAUGUUCGUCAUGGGCGUGAACGAGAAGUCCUACAAGAGCGACAUCCCCGUCGUCAGCAACGCCUCCUGCACAACCAACUGCCUUGCCCCGCUCGCCAAGGUCAUCCACGAGAAGUACGGCAUGCUCGAGGGUCUCAUGACCACCAUCCACUCCUACACCGCCACGCAGAAGACCGUCGACGGUCCAUCAGCCAAGGACUGGCGCGGUGGCCGUGCCGCGGCGCAGAACAUCAUCCCGUCCUCCACCGGUGCUGCCAAGGCUGUCGGCAAGGUCAUCCCGGACCUCAACGGCAAGCUUACCGGCAUGUCCAUGCGUGUGCCAACUGCCAACGUCUCCGUGGUCGAUCUUACCUGCCGUCUUGAGAAGGGCGCCAGCUACGACGAGAUCAAGCAGACCAUGAAGGCCGCCGCUGAGGGCGAGUACAAGGGCAUCAUCGACUACACCGAGGACGACAUCGUCUCCUCCGACCUCUGCGGCAACCCAUGCAGCUCCAUCUUCGACGCCAAGGCCGGCAUCUCCCUCAACAACAACUUCGUCAAGCUCGUCAGCUGGUACGACAACGAGUGGGGUUACUCCCGUCGUGUGCUCGAUCUCCUCGCGUACAUGGCGAAGGUCGAUGGUGCGCACUAA